ACUAACAUACACAUACAUUCACAUACAUAUGCAUACACAAAUAUUCACAUACAUACACAUAUAUUACAUACACUGACAUACAUCGAGUAUGAUCGGUUUGUCUCACUUCAACUAAAUACUGCAACUGCUAUUCGUACUUUGCCAUCUUUCUUUUGUACAUACAUUUACCGACAGAUAUCGACACAAAUAUACACACUAACACAUACACAUACAUAUAACAUAUACACGCCACAUACACUCGCAUAUAUACAUAAAAACGCCCACAUGCAUACAUACACGCGUACAUACAUACGCUUACACAUACACGCACACAUACACAUACACCUACACAUACACACAUACACACACACACACACACACAUACACACAUACAGUUGCUUGUCUUACCCUAUUUAAGCAAAAUUCACAAGAGUGUUGUGAACAAUCGCGUGAUAUACCUCAAGUGAGAAUAUAAGGAGAAUACUGGACAG